AUGAAAGAAACUACUCAGCCUGAGCUGCGAAACCUCAUGGGGUCUGAAAGCGUCUCUGACCUUCAUUGCGAUAAAUCCGGGGACUCACUUCAGCAGUCUUCGCCAUCGUGGCUUAGGAGAGUAGGUUUCGCCAUACCCCUUCUCAUUAUUCCAAUUGCAUAUACCAUUCUCCUCGCCAUGAUGGGUCAUGUCCAUAGAACGAAACAGUCCUCUUUCGGUGAUACGAUACUCGAGGUUGUCAGUAUCGCUUCUACGUUAUGGCCUAUCUUAUUCGCCGCAGUCCUCGGUCCACUGCUCAAGACUGUCGCACUAUUCCGUGCCGAACGAGGGUCAACACUAGGCUCCCUGGAAUUCCUAUUGACUAGUCAGACUACAGCAUCUGCUCUGAAGAACUUUGUAACUAUGGGUUGGAUCGGUAGCUGGGCUAUGGUUGUGCUUACAGUAUGGUCCCUUAGCCCUUUAGGAGGCCAAGCCGCGCUCCGUUCAUUGCAUCGUCAGCAGAAUCCUAUAUGGAAAAAAACUCCAGCAGCAUACCAUCUUGGUAACAACAAAAGUGAGAUCUUCCAGUAUUAUCGCGAUGGGCUGAGUACGUACGAUGGCUUAUCUGGCACGCAAUCCAGUACUUCCGAUAUGGAAACCGUUUUUUCUGCCUCGUUCUCAACACAAGACGUUCUGAUUUCUCACGCCAAUAGCAGUAGUCCUCGAUACAACGAUACCAUUGUUGAUCUUGGCGGAAAAUGGGAAGCUUCGCGCAGUGGACGCAGAGAUCUCUGGCGGAACGUCCGCAUCCCUUUCAUCGAACUAUUGCCAGCAUAUAGGAGCGAUGACCCAAAUGCCUGGAUACCAGUUCCUAACGAUGAAAUCGUCCCGCACGCUUCGUUAGUAGGACUCCCCAUCAGAAAUGGCUCACUCGAAGGGGCAGGAAACUCAACCAUGGUGGUCCAUUUCCAUUAUAUAACUCUUUCGUGUGGGAAAGCUUUUAAUGGUAGCCAAUGGGUCAGCAAGGACUCGAAAGCGCUAUGGUAUCAUAAUACCAGUUCUCAUGUUCCUUUGUACGAGCAAUACCAGGAUGCAGGUAUGGGAGACCGGAACAUCUGGCUUGAUCUCCCGAAUAGUUCAACGACUAUGGAGCAUUUCAAUGUCGCAGUAGAUGUUGAGCCACAGUCCAAGUUGCAACUUGUCAUGGGUGGCGAAUGCUGGCAUAAAAAGCCUGGUCUGGAGCAACUAGAUACAGAAAGUACCUCAACGCUCAGAGUCUGUGACAUGAGCACUACAUAUGUCGACAUGGAAGUUGUUUGCAGCAGAUUAGCAGUCGAUGCUGACUUGGUAUGUCAGGCUAAUCGGGUUCGACAUGCGCCUUCGUAUCCGAUCAAGGGCAACUUGACGGCACUUUCAAAUAUCAGGUUAUCUGAACAAAUCCUAAUCGAACUGACAUAUAUGGGUGCAAGGCAAGGUAUAAAAAGGCCCACCAUUCUAGAGAUGUAUUUGAGGGAUCCUCUAGGAAUAUUUCAACGCUCUAAUGGGGGAUUUUCUAUUGAUUAUGACACGACAAACCAAGGCGGAUGUUUCACCUCUCUUCCACCAGAGAUUUUCGAAAAAAGACUUGCAGCUGCACUAAACACCAUCAUCAUGGCCUCAUAUCCGUUUCGUACGUUGACUGGUGGGGAGGACCAAUCUUUUCAACAGUGGCAGGAAACGACUGCAUUGUGGACAGAAUUCGACCGGGAUAUCUACGUGUUGGACAAACCGUGGUUUAUCACGACAAUAAUUUCGACAUUGAUAAUGAUAAUUUGCGCUGUUGCCAACAUUAUUAUUCGUCAACGCAUCAAGGCACCCGACUUUCUGGAUAAUAUUGCCGGUCUUACAAGGGAUUCUCAAUUUAUUGAUUUACCUGAUAGCGGCAGUGGGAAGAGUGGUUCUGAUCAACUGGCAACGAUUAAGAAUGUCAGUGUUCGGAUUUGUGAUGUUUAUCCGGAGAGGGAGGUUGGAAGGAUUGCUUUGACAACGGAACUGAACAGCUCGAAAUUGGAAUGGGAGCGAAAUUACUCUUAG